AGAAACAUCAAAAAAAGUCUCUCUCUCUCUCUCUUUCACCCGCAGACACACAGUUCAAGGCUUAGCAGUCAUCAAAGGUGAAGAUGAAGCUGAAGCAAUUGGAAAGUUAUCUUGGUUCUCUUGAACAAUUCUCCACCCCAAAGAUUGAAUUGGAACAAUAUCCUACUGGAGCCCACAUUGCUUCUCGUAUGCUUUACACCGCUGAGAAUUCAUUUGAGGAUGUGAAUAGUAAGGUGGUUGCAGAUUUUGGAUGUGGUUGUGGUACAUUAGGCCUUGCUGCUGGUCUUUUGGGAGCUGAAAGUGUUAUUGGGCUUGAUAUUGAUGCUGAGUCUCUUGAGAUUGCAUAUACAAAUGCCGACGAGCUUGAGCUAGACAUGGAUUUUAUUCAAUGCGACAUCAGCAACUUAAAAUGGAGAGGUCAGAUUGUUGAAACAGUGGUUAUGAAUCCACCUUUUGGAACACGGAGGAAAGGUGCUGACAUGGACUUCCUCUCUUCGGCGAUGAAGGUUGCCUCUCAAGCAGUUUAUUCCUUACAUAAGACCACAACUAGAGAACAUGUGAAAAGAGCAGCCUUACGAGAUUAUAAUGCAAGAAGCGCUGAAGUUAUAUGUGAGCUUCGAUAUGAUGUGCCACAAUUGUACAAAUUUCACAAGAAAAAGGAGGUCGACAUUGCUGUGGACCUGUGGCGUUUUGUUCCUCAAAGAAAGCAAGAAAGAUCUCUCUAGUAUUAAAAGAUAGCAAGUAUACAGAGAUGAUGAUGCAUGUAAAAAUUAAGGGCACCCCAGUUCUGAACUGGAGCAGGAUUCUCAUGUUGUUGCUAGUUCUAUAAAGGAAGUAAAGAGUCUUUCGUACCAUGCGCGCGUCUGCAUACUACAUUGGCCCCGGGGCUUAGUUCUAUUCAAUUGGCAAAGGUUGAGGGACUUGUGCCUAAGGUCACUGGUUCGAGUCAUGAGCCAAAUGAACCAAGUCUGAUAUUUAAGUGGAAAAGGAUGUGAUUGGUCCAAAGGACGGGCGACAAACGGAUUUCCGGUCAUCCAAAAAAAAGUGUUUGCAAACUACAUUGACUUUUUGUCUUGCUACUCAGAUGUUAAUAUGGCUUUGUAGAGUUUGGUUUUGUUACUUUCUGUUCCUAAAAUUUCAAACUUUUUCUGAGCAACACAUAUAUGCAGAUGUAAACAUUUGAUUUU